AUGAGGAAGCUGUGUCCGAACAUAGACAAAGACGAUGGUUUGGAGACGGUUUUGGAAGUUCCGAUACCGGAGGAGAUGUUUUCCGGUAUGGGUAACAACGCCGCGCUUAGGUGGCAGAAUAUGAUGACGUGGAUGAAAGCUCAAACCUCUGAUAAAUGGUCACAACCGAUUAUCGCCGCUCGUAUCAACGAGCUCCGUUUUCUUCUCUAUCUCGUUGGCUCUCCUCUUAUACCUCUACAGGUCCAAGUCGGCCACUCCGUUCAUAAGCCUGUCAAAGAUUCCUCCAUUCAAGCUUCGACGGCGAAAUAUAUAGUGCAGCAGUACAUAGCGGCAACGGGAGGACCGGCGGCGUUAAAUGCCGUGAACAGUAUGUGCGUCACCGGACAAGUGAAGAUGACGGCGUCGGAGUUUCAUCAGGGAGAUGAGUCCGGCACGAAUCUUAAGAGCAACGAUGAGAUGGGUGGUUUCGUUCUGUGGCAGAAGGAUCCAGAUCUUUGGUGUCUGGAGCUCGUCGUCUCCGGAUGUAAAGUCAUAUGUGGAAGCAACGGUCGGAUUUCAUGGCGACAUUCCUCGAACCAGCAAACGCCGGCGUCUACUGGAACGCCCAGACCUCUCCGUCGGUUUUUACAGGGGUUAGAUCCUCGAUCGACGGCGAAUCUGUUCCUUGACGCGACGUGCAUCGGAGAGAAGAUAAUCAACGGCGAGGAUUGCUUUAUCUUGAAACUGGAGACGAGUCCGGCGGUUCGAGAGGCUCAGAGCGGUCCGGAUUUCGAGAUCAUUCACCAUACUAUUUGGGGUUAUUUCAGCCAAAGAUCGGGGCUACUGAUUCAGUUCGAGGACUCGCGGCUUCUGAGAAUGCGGACGAAGGACGACGAUGACGUUUUCUGGGAGACUAGCGCCGAAUCGGUGAUGGAUGAUUACCGGUAUGUGGAUAAUGUGAACAUCGCUCACGGCGGGAAAACGUCUGUUACGGUUUUCCGGUACGGUGAAGCGUCGGCGAAUCAUCGGAGACAGAUGACGGAGAAAUGGCGGAUCGAAGAAGUUGAUUUCAAUGUUUGGGGUUUUUUUGGGUGUGGUCUUUUGGAGUUGGUUUCCGUUGAUGCCUUUGGUUUUUACCAUUUUUCUUCUGCGUCUUUUGUGGACUGUGGUGUACAAAGAUUGUGGAGAGGGCUGUUAUUAGAGCCAGAGGAAGGUCAUGGCUACUACGAAGGAUGCAGAAUCUGGAGGCGAGUUGAGCCAGAGGAAGGUCAUGGCUACUACGAAAGGCGUAGGCGUUCAAGCCAUUACGACCGUGAGGAGGAACAAGGUGGUGGUGACCAAAACCGUUAUAAUCAGUACGGUGACCGUUAUGAUCGAGGGGAGGAAGAAAAAUACCGUUAUGAUGAUCGUGAGUACAAGCGUUCAGAGCGUUCCAAGUCGCGUGAGUAUUGA